AUGUGUAGUGUGCGUGAUUCGGCUGCACAACUUAAAGCAAGUGGAGCAGUCGUCGCUGAUGCUGCACUUGGUGCUGUCCACUCUCAGAAAGCAGUCAACAAUGCUAAGUUUCGGGUGGUAAAAGAAGCUUUGGUGGAAACAUUGAAGGAAGCUGUUGGAGCCAAAUGGAGCUAUGAACUCAGCCGUGCUGUGGAAGUAGCUUACGAUGAAUUGGCAACAGCUAUCAAAAUGGCAUAUUAGGAUUGCCAUUAUUUGUAAUAAAUAAAUAAAAAGAACUUGUUAUUAAACAUGUUCCCCAUAUAAA